AAGAGGAACAAAUUAAAUAAUAAAGAAAAACAGACAAAUCUACAGUGUGAACGUUCUACAAGACCACUGUCCUUGACUCAGAACUCAGGAAGGUGUGGUCGGGAGGAGAGGCUGCCCUCGCCCAGCCCACUUCAUCUCACCUGCCAGAGGACCAGAGUUCAGAGGCUCAUCGCCAUGACCAAACUGAGCGCCCAAGUCAAAGGCUCUCUCAACGUCACCACCCCCGGGGUGCAGAUAUGGAGGAUCGAGGCUAUGCAGAUGGUGCCUGUUCCUCCUGGCACCUUUGGCAGCUUCUACGAUGGUGACUGCUACGUAGUCCUGGCUGUCCACAAGACAGGCAGCAACCUGUCCUAUGACAUCCACUACUGGAUUGGCCAGGCCUCGUCUCAGGAUGAGCAAGGGGCAGCUGCCAUCUACACCACACAGAUGGACGACUUCCUGAAGGGCCGGGCCGUCCAGCACCGUGAGGUCCAGGGCAAUGAGAGCGAGGCCUUCCGAGGCUACUUCAAGCAGGGCCUUGUGAUCCAGAAAGGAGGUGUGGCUUCUGGCAUGAAGCACGUGGAGACCAACUCCAGUGAGGUUCAGCGGCUACUGCACGUCAAGAGGAACGUGGUGGCCAGAGAGGUGGAAAUGUCCUGGAAGAGCUUCAACCGUGGGGAUGUUUUCCUCCUGGACCUCGGGAAGCUUAUCAUCCAGUGGAACGGGCCAGAAAGUAACCGCAUGGAGAGACUCAGGAGCAUGACUCUGGCCAAGGAGAUCCGAGACCAGGAGCGGGGCGGGCGGACCUACGUGGCUGUCGUGGAUGGGGAGGAUGAGAAGGCGUCCCCGCAGCUGAUGGAGGUCAUGAACCACGUGCUGGGCAAGCGGAGGGAGCUGAAGGCAGCCGUGCCUGACACCGUGGUGGAGCCUGCGCUCAAGGCCGCCCUCAGGUUGUACCACGUGUCUGAUUCAGAGGGAAAGCUGGUGGUCAGAGAAAUCGCCACACGGCCACUCACACAGGACAUGCUCAGUCACGAGGACUGUUACAUCCUGGACCAGGGGGGCCUGAAGAUCUACGUGUGGAAGGGCAAGAAUGCCAGUGCCCAGGAGAGGAAGGGAGCCAUGAGCCACGCACAGAACUUUAUCAAAGCCAAGCAGUACCCCGCGAGCACACAGAUAGAGGUGCAGAAUGAUGGAUCUGAGUCCGUCGUCUUCCAGCAGCUCUUUCAGAAGUGGACAGUGCCCAACCAGACCUCAGGCCUGGGCAAAACCUACUCUGUGGGCUCCGUGGCCAAGGUGGAGCAAGUGAAGUUUGAUGCCACAUCCAUGCAUGUCCAGCCUCAGGUGGCUGCCCAGCAGAAGAUGGUCGAUGAUGGGAGUGGGGAGGUGCAGGUGUGGCGCAUUGAGGACUUAGAGCUGGUGCCUGUGGCUUCCAAGUGGCUGGGCCACUUCUACGGGGGUGACUGCUACCUGCUGCUCUACACCUACCUCAUUGGCGAGAAGCCGCACUACCUGCUCUACAUCUGGCAGGGUAGCCAGGCCAGCCAGGAUGAAAUCACAGCCUCAGCCUAUCAAGCUGUCAUCUUGGACCAGAAGUACAAUAAUGAACCGGUCCAGAUCCGGGUCCCGAUGGGCAAGGAGCCACCUCACCUCAUGUCCAUCUUCAAGGGACGCAUGGUGGUCUACCAGGGAGGCACCUCCCGGGCCAACAACAUGGAGCCUGUGCCCCCCACACAGCUGUUCCAGGUGCGGGGGACCAGCGCCAACAACACCAAGGCUUUCGAGGUCCCAGCCCAGGCCACCUCCCUCAACUCCAAUGACGUCUUCAUCCUCAAGACUCAGUCCUGCUGCUACCUGUGGUAUGGGAAGGGCUGUAGCGGGGACGAGCGGCAGAUGGCCAAGAUGGUUGCUGACACAAUCUCUCGGACGGAGAAGCAAGUGGUAGUGGAAGGGCAGGAGCCAGCCCAGUUCUGGAUAGCCCUGGGUGGGAAGGCCCCCUACGCCAGCACCAGGAGACUGCAGGAGGAAAACAUGGCCAUCGCCCCCCGGCUCUUUGAAUGUUCCAACCAGACUGGGCGCUUCCUGGCCACAGAAAUCACUGACUUCAAUCAGGAUGACUUGGAAGAAGAUGAUGUGUUCCUGCUAGAUGUCUGGGACCAGGUCUUCUUCUGGAUCGGGAAGUAUGCCAAUGAAGACGAGAAGAAAGCCGCAGCCACCACCGUGCAGGAAUACCUCAAGACCCAUCCCAGCGGCCGGGACCCCGAGACUCCCAUCAUUGUGGUGAAGCAAGGACAUGAGCCCCCGACCUUCACGGGCUGGUUCCUGGCCUGGGAUCCCUUCAAGUGGAGUAAUGCUAAAUCCUACGAAGACCUGAAGGCAGAGCUUGGAAAUUCUCAGGACUGGGGCCAGAUCACUGCUGAGAUCACAAGCCCUAAACAGGAUGUGUUUAACACUAACACCAACCUCAAUUCUGGGCCUCUGCCCGUCUUCCCCCUGGAGCAGCUGGUGAACAUGCCAGUGGAGGAGCUCCCUCAGGGCGUGGACCCCAGCAGGAAGGAGGAGCACCUGUCAGUUGAGGAUUUCACCAAGGUCUUGGGGAUGACGCCAGCUGCCUUCUCCACCUUGCCUCGAUGGAAGCAACAAAGCCUCAAGAAAGCAAAAGGACUAUUUUGAGAAGCAAGAGUGGCUGUGGUUGUGAAGCAGUCGCUACCCUGCUCACAGUUUUGUUUUUAUUGCUGGUAUUAAUCCUAUAUGAAUUAAAGGUUUACACUUGUACCUGUGAGCAGCAGUCAAUGGCAAGGGUAUUUGUGUUUAGUAACUUACCUAUUCCUCCAGAAAGAUGAUGCCUCCAUCAGGAGCCUGUAGUCCCAAUGUCAGCUCUCAAGGUGGUUGCGUUUUUUCUAUCCUGGAAUGUGACAUCAUUUUAAACCAUUCUGUUUUAGAGCUUUCCCUUCUGAGAAGGGCAGCCUCACACUCCACGGAACAUUAGUUCUGAGGAGCCUUCCCUGGGCUUUUAUCAAAGGCAGGUGGACUUGAAGCGUUUUGGUUUUACACUUUUCCCAGAGCAAUGGCUUUCCCUUUCACAUACACUUUCCUCACUGCCUCCCUCAGGCGAUAAGUUAAAGGAGAUCCCUUCUUUGAAAGAGUCAAAUGGCCUAGGAGAUGGGUCUAUUAGGUUUCACAAUCCUUACUUGCCAGUCUCCAGUGAGAGGGGAUACACUGGGUCUAGGCUUGAGGCCUAAAGGCAAGUAUUUAAUGCAAAUGCUAUUUCACCCUUUUGGUACUUUUAAUAAGGCAAAGGAAGAGCACGGACAGCUAAGGCCAAGGCUGGGUUUACAGACUGGUAUCCGCAACCUCUGCAAAGCUUUAUGGGUUCCUCAGAUGAAAAUGGGAACUUGGUGCUGACCGUGGGCCUAUGU